AUGACCGCCGCUUCAAACCGGGACGGAGCUACGGGGAGACCGGAAUGCGCAUGCAGGAAAGGGGACGGAAUACGGAUUUUUGCUCUAAUGAAGGCGGGAGUGCACGCGCACCAUUGGAGCCGGGUGCUGUUCUUAUACAUGGGGCUUCUGGCCGCCUCAGUGAAGGCUCAGAACUGCAGUUACACACUACACAGUCCCAAUGGGACGAUAGAGAGCCCCGGCUACCCUUAUGGUUAUCCUAACUAUGCCAACUGUACAUGGGUGAUUGUGGCGGCAGAGCACAACCGGAUACAGCUGGUGUUUCAAGGCUUCGCUCUGGAGGAGGACUUUGACAUCCUGUCUGUAUACGAUGGGCCGCCCAGUCCAGGGAACCUACGGACAAGGUUAACAGGGUUCCAGCUGCCUUCACCCAUAGUGAGUACAGGCUCCAGGCUCACACUGUGGCUACUGUCGGACUACGCAGUCAGUGGGCAGGGAUUUAAAGCUGUCUAUGAAGCUCUGCCCAGCUACACAUGUGGUAAUCCUGGACAGCUACUCAACGGUCACCAGCAGGGGUCCACAUUCAACAUCGGGGACAAAAUCCGCUACAGCUGCAGCCCGGGCUAUGUGCUGGAGGGUCACACCACCCUGUCCUGCCUCGCCACUUCAGCGGGUACCGCUGCCUGGGAUUUUCCGCUUCCCUACUGCAGAGCAGAUGAUGGGUGUGGUGGGACACUGCGGGGCCAGAGCGGAGUCAUCACCACUCCCAAUUACCCGGCUGAGUACAACAACAACGCCGACUGCACCUGGACUGUGCUGGCCGAGCCGGGAGACACCAUUGCCCUGGUUUUCUCUGACUUUCAGCUGGAGGAUGACUAUGACCUGCUGGAGGUCAGCGGCACUGAGGGCUCUUCACAGUGGUUUACCGGCCCCAACCUCCCCUCCCCCAUCAUCAGCAGCAAGAACUGGCUGCGACUGCACUUUACCUCAGAUGGGAACCACAAGCUGAGAGGUUUCAGCGCCCAGUACCAAGUUAAAAAGAUGACAGAACUAAAGUCUCGAGGUGUGAAGAUGCUGCCCAGCAAGGACAACCACCACAAGAUAUCAGUGUUGUCUCAGAUGGGUGUAGCACAGGGACACAACAUGUGUCCAGACCCAGGGAUUCCAGAUCGGGGGAAACGGAAAGGCUCAGACUUCAGGCGAGGGGCCACGGUGCAUUUCUCCUGCGACGAGGGAUAUGAACUGCAGGGCUCAAAAAGCAUUACUUGUCUGAGAGUGACAGACAGCUAUGUAGGCUGGAGUGACGAUCGGCCCAUCUGCAGAGCACCGAUGUGUGGAGGCCAGCUGAGAGGGCCGAGUGGCGUCAUCACUUCUCCAAACUAUCCGGUCCAGUAUGACAACAAUGCAAACUGUACUUGGGUGAUCACAGCAACGGAGACGUCCAAGGUGAUCAAGCUGACAUUUGAGGAUUUUGACCUGGAGCGAGGCUAUGACACCCUGACAGUGGGAGACGGCGAGGUGGUGGGAGACCAGAAGACCAUCUUCCACGUCCUUUCGGGUACCACUACUCCAGACCUGGUGGUCAGCACCAGUCACCAGAUGUGGCUCAAUUUCAAAACAGAUGACACCAGUGGCUCCCUGGGCUUCAAAGUGUCCUAUGAAGAAAUUGACCAAGGCAGCUGCGGAGACCCUGGAAUCCCAGCAUAUGGAAAACGCGAGGGAACAGGCUUUCGCCACGGGGACAAGCUGUACUUUGAGUGUCUGCCUGCCUUUGAGCUGGUGGGAAAGAAGAACAUCACCUGCCAGAAGAACAACCAGUGGUCAGCUAAGAAACCCAGCUGUGUUUUCUCCUGCUUCUUCAACUUUACCACUCCGUCAGGGGUGCUGCUCUCUCCAAACUACCCUCAGGAGUACGGCAACAAUAUGCACUGUGUGUGGCUGAUCAUCACCAACCCUGAGAGCCGAAUCAAUCUGGCCUUCAACGACCUCAGCAUGGAGAAACAGUUUGACUUCCUCUCGAUCAAGGAUGGGGGAAAGGCUGAGUCACCCAUCCUGGGGACCUUUUCUGGAGACGUCCUGCCAGCCUCUUUAACAACCAGCGGUCAUGUGGCCCGUCUGGAGUUUCUGACAGACCACACCUACACAGACAGAGGCUUUAACAUCACAUUUACAACUUUUCGCCACAAUGAAUGCCCGGAUCCAGGAGUUCCAGUAAACGGGAAGCGUUUUGGCGAGAGCCUUCAGCUGGGCAGUUCAAUCUCGUUUCUCUGUGAGGAAGGCUUUGUCAAGACUCAUGGCUCGCAAACCAUUUCCUGCAUUCUCAAGGAUGGCAACGUGGUGUGGGAUAAUGCAGUUCCCCGCUGUGAAGCCCCAUGUGGGGGGGAUCUGAAGGCUCCCAGUGGGAUCAUCCUCUCCCCUGGCUGGCCAGAGCUCUAUAAGGAGGCCCUUAACUGUGAAUGGAUCAUUGAGGCUCCUCCAGGCUACCCUAUCAAGAUCAUCUUUGACAAGUUCCGCACAGAGGUCAACUAUGACGUCCUGGAGGUGCGCGAUGGACGUUUUCCCUCUUCACCUCUAAUUGGAAGUUACCAGGGAACCCAAGUUCCCCAGUUCCUCAUUAGCACCUCCAACUUCCUCUAUCUCCUCUUCUCGACUGACAAGAGCCACUCUGACAUCGGCUUUCGCAUACGUUAUGAAACCCUGCAGUUGCAGUCGGAUCACUGCGUGGACCCCGGCAUACCUGUCAACGGACAGCGGCAUGGCAACGACUUCUACGUGGGCGCUUUGGUGACAUUUAGCUGCGAGGCAGGGUACACACUUAGUGACACAGAGCCACUAGAAUGUGAACCUAAUUUCCAGUGGAGCCGCCCCCUGCCUAGCUGUGAUGCACUGUGCGGAGGUUAUAUCCAGGGCAACUUUGGCACCAUCCUGUCACCAGGCUUCCCAGACUUUUACCCGCACAAUCUGAACUGCACGUGGAUAAUCGAGACUUCCCAUGGCAAAGGUGUCCAGUUCACCUUCCACACCUUCCACCUGGAGAGUCCUCAUGACUAUUUGUUGGUGACGGAGAACGGCAGCUUCUCUCAGCCUCUGUGGAGACUGACGGGCUCGACACUGCCUCCACCCCUCAGCGCAGGCCUGUUUGGAAACUACACCGCUCAGAUCCGCUUUCUGUCCGACUUCUCCGUUUCCUAUGAGGGAUUCAACAUCACUUUCUCAGAGUAUGAUCUGGAGCCCUGCGAGGAUCCUGGGAUACCUCCCUACAGCACCAGAAAAGGCCUGCAGUAUGGAGUGGGCGAUUCCCUCAUCUUCUCCUGUUUCCCGGGUUACCGCCUCGAGGGUCCGGCGAGGGUGAUCUGCUUAGGGGGCAGGAGGCGGGUGUGGAGCUCCCCUCUGCCAAGGUGUGUUGCUGAAUGCGGCUCAUCCGUGACUGGCAUGCAAGGGGUGCUUCUCUCACCCAACUACCCGGGUUACUACGGCAACAACCACGAGUGCAUCUACUCCAUCCAGACGCAGCCUGGCAAAGGCAUCCAGCUACGAGCACGGGACUUUAGACUGGAGGAGGAUGACAUCCUCAAAGUCUUUGAUGGCAGCAGUAAUAAGGCCCGUCUGCUGGGGGUGUUUACAGGGAGUGAGAUGUUAGAAACAACCCUCAACUCCACCUCCAGCUCCAUGUGGCUGGAGUUCAUCAGCAAUGCGGAUAACACCAGCAAAGGCUUUGAACUGCACUUCACUAGUUUCGAGCUGGUGAAAUGUGAGGAUCCCGGUGUUCCCCAGUUCGGGUUUAAGCGAGAGGAUAAGGGUCAUUUUGCAGGGAGCACUGUGUCGUACAGUUGUGACCCAGGCUACACCCUGAAAGGCCCUGAGGUGCUCACUUGUCUGAGGGGGGAAAGACGAGCAUGGGACAGCCCCCUCCCUCAAUGUGUUGCGGAGUGUGGUGGCACCAUCAAAGAUGAGCCUUCUGGUCGUAUCCUGUCUCCAGGCUACCCGGCUCCGUAUGAGCACAACCUACACUGUGUGUGGACCAUAGAAGCCGCCCCUGGAAGCACAAUCAGCCUGCAUUUCCUGGUUUUCCACACGGAGGAGGUUCACGAUGUGCUUCGGAUCUGGGAUGGGCCCCAGGAUGGAGGGGUCCUGCUGAGGGAGCUUAGUGGCUCAGUGCUUCCCCCGGAUGCCCACAGCACCUUCAACACCGUCAGCCUGCAGUUCACCACCGACUUCUUCACCAGCAAGCAGGGCUUCGCUCUGCAGUUUUCCGUUUCCACUGCAACCUCCUGCAACGACCCGGGCAUGCCGACUAAUGGGACCCGUGGUGGGGACAGCAGGGAGCCUGGGGACCAUGUGGUGUUCCAGUGUGAUCCCGGCUACAUCCUGCAGGGGGCUAACAGGAUCACCUGCACUGAGAACAAGGGUCGUUACUUCUGGGAGCCAGACCCUCCUACUUGCACAGCUCCAUGUGGUGGGAACCUGACAGGUCCGAGUGGCCUGAUCCUUUCCCCAGACUAUCCUGAACCCUACCCCCAUGGCAGAGAGUGUGACUGGAGGGUCACUGUCACACAGGACUAUGUCAUCGCUCUUAGCUUUAACCAGUUCAGCUUGGAGCCCAGUUACGACUUCUUACACAUCUACGAUGGACCGGACUCUCUCAGUCCCUUGCUGGGCAGCUUCUACGGCACCGAUGUUCCAGAUAGGAUCGAGAGCAGCUCCAACACUCUCUUCUUGGCUUUUCGCAGUGAUGCUUCCCUUAGCAGCAAUGGAUUCGUGCUUCAGUACACAGAGAACCCCAGGGAGUCCUGCUUCGAGCCGGGCGUGGUGCGCAAUGGGACACGGGUGGGCGCCGACCUCAAGCUGGGCUCCACUGUCACCUACCACUGUGACAGCGGCUACACACUAGAGGGAGACCAAACCCUCACUUGCAUCAUGGGGGGAGACGGCAAGCCAAGUUGGAACAAACCCAAACCCAUCUGCAUUGCUCCAUGUGGCGGACAGUACUCAGGCUUGGAGGGAGUUGUCUUGUCUCCUGGUUACCCUGGCAACUACAGCAGUGCACGGACCUGCCUGUACUCUGUGGUGGUGCCGAAGGAUUACGUCGUCUUCAGUCAGUUCGCCUUCUUCCAGACAGCCCUAAAUGAUGUUGUGGAGGUUUAUGACGGGGCAACGCAGCACUCACGUGUACUCAGCUCCCUUUCUGGAGCCCACACAGGCGAGUCGUUGCCGUUAGCAACCUCCAACCAAAUCCUGAUCCGCUUCACCUCCAAAGGCCAAUCCAGCUCCAGAGGAUUCCACCUGGUCUACCAGGCUGUGCCACGGACCAGUGCCACCCAGUGCAGCUCUGUCCCAGAGCCCCGCAACGGCCGGCGUAUGGGAAACAACUUUGCUGUUGGCGCCGUGAUCCGCUUUGAGUGCAGUCCAGGUUAUAUGCUGGAGGGAUCGAGCGCCAUUGAAUGUCUGACCGUCCCUAAUGCUCUCGCUCAGUGGAACAGCUCCAUACCCAGCUGUAUAGUUCCGUGUGGAGGCAGUCUUACCCACCGGACCGGCACCAUCCUAUCCCCUGGCUUUCCUGAGCCAUACCUCAACAGCCUCAACUGUGUCUGGAAGAUCACUGUUCCUGAGGGUUCAGGAAUCCAGAUCCAGGUAAUCAGCUUUGUCACAGAGCAGAACUGGGACUCAUUGGAGGUGUUUGAUGGAGGGGACAACACUGACACCAUGCUUGGCAGCUUCUCAGGCACCACGGUCCCGGCUCUUCUCAACAGCACCUCCAACCAGCUCUACCUCCACUUUUUCUCUGAUAUUAGUGUGUCUGCGGCUGGAUUCAGGCUGGAAUACAAAACUGUCUCUCUAACCAACUGUCCUGAGCCUGUAGUCCCUAUGAAUGGUAUCAAGGUUGGAGAGCGUCUUCAGAUGAAUAACGUGGUGUCUUUCCAGUGUGAACCAGGAUAUACUCUACAGGGGAACUCGCAUAUCACCUGUAUGCCUGGGACGGUCCGACGAUGGAACUACCCACCUCCACUCUGCAUCGCUCAAUGUGGAGGAAUCCGCGAGGAGAUGGAGGGCAUGAUUCUCAGUCCCGGUUUCCCUGGCAACUACCCUAGCAACAGUGACUGCACCUGGAGAAUCUACCUGCCAGUUGGUUAUGGAGCCCACAUACAGUUCCUAAACUUCUCCACCGAGGCCAACCAUGACUUCCUUGAGAUUCGCAACGGGCCCCUUGACACCAGCGCCGUGAUUGGCCGAUUCAGCAGCCAGGAUAUUCCCUCGUCCCUUCUCACCACUUCUCAUGAGACUACGGUGUAUUUCCACAGCGACCACUCGCAGAACAAACUGGGGUUCAGAUUCGAGUACCAGGCUUAUGAGCUUCAGGAGUGCCCCGAUCCGGAGCCUUUCCGGUAUGGAGUCGUGGUGGGUGCCGGCUUCAAUGUGGGCCAGUCCAUUUCCUUCGAGUGUCUCCCUGGGUACCAGCUGAUGGGACAUUCCAUUCUCACCUGUCAACAUGGCACGACCCGCAACUGGGAUCACCCUUUCCCCCGCUGUGAAGUGCCAUGUGGUGGGAACAUCACAUCGGAAAAUGGGACCGUUUUCUCCCCCGGUUACCCAGAGGAGUACCCGAGCUCGGCCGACUGCUCCUGGCUGAUCACCGUGGCCCCCGGUUUUGGCGUCAAGCUGAACUUCACCCUGCUUCAGGUUCAUGGGCCACACGACUUCAUCACUGUCUGGGACGGUCCGCAGGAGACAGCCAGGAAGCUGGGAGUGUUCACAGAUGGAGAGCCAAAUGAACCACCCAGCAGCACUUCCAAUCAGGUGCUGAUCCGUUUCCGUAGUAACACAGAGAAGGGUGGACUGUUCAGUAUCAGCUAUCAAGCUUACAGAUUGCAGUUCUGCCUGCCACCGUCCAUCAUUCCCAAUGCGGAGAUCCUCAUGGCAAGCAAAGAGUUUAAAAUUGGUGAUAUAGUCCGCUACAGGUGCCUCCCAGGCUACCAGUUAAGUGGAAACAGCAUCCAGACUUGCCGCCUGGGAACUCAUCUGGAGUUUGAGGGUCCUCCGCCCUCGUGUGAUGUGACUUGCCCCAUGAACGAGGUGCUGACGGCUUCUACGGGGGUCAUCAUGAGCCAGUCUCCUGGCAGCGGGUUCCCUCAUUUUGAGUCCUGCUCCUGGGUGGUGAAAGUAGAACCGGGCUAUAACAUCACCUUUACUAUUGAACACUUCCAGACCAGUCGUCAGUUUGACGAGCUUGAGAUCUUUGAUGGCCCAUCGAGACAAAGCCCUCUCCUGAUAACCCUGAGUGGAAACUACUCCAGUCCACUGAGCAUCACCAGCUCCAAUAACAAAGUCUACCUGCACUGGUCUUUCGAUCACACCACCAGCCACAAAGGCUUUCGUAUUCGCUACUCAGCGGCGUACUGCAGCCCACCAAGUAACCCUAUAAAUGGCACAGUGCACAGUCUAACAGGGACUAAACUGGGCAGCACCCUACGUUUCAGCUGUGACCAAGGCUUCAGGCUUAUUGGCCAGAGCAGUGCUACCUGCACCCGGACUGCACAGGGGACCUUCCAGUGGAAUGCACCAGUGCCUCUGUGCCAAGUCAUGUCCUGUGGGAUGCCAGUGCCUCCGGUUAACGGCAGCAUUGUGGGCCAGGAUUUCUCUUUAGGAGCCAGAGCUACAUACCAGUGUAACCCUGGAUUUCGUCUCUCUGGGCCCAUCACUACCUCAGUGAUCUGCCAGGAAUCUGGCAGGUGGAGUACCAUUGAGGCCCCACCCAGAUGUCUUCCGGUGACCUGCCCUGACAUUGGCCACUCUGCUGUGGAGCAUGGAAGAUGGAGACUGAUCUAUGGAACUCAAAACCAGUAUGAUGCCAUACUGAUGCUCACAUGUGACCCAGGAUAUUACUACCGAGGUCAAAGAGUCAUUCGUUGCCAGGCCAAUGGCACCUGGAACUAUCCUGACCCACGGCCAGUCUGCGAUAUUAUUUCCUGUGGGGAUCUUGGGACUCCACCAAAUGGACACAAGAUUGGCACCCUAACUGUUUAUGGAGCCACUGCCAUUUUUUCCUGCAACACCGGAUAUACCUUGGUGGGCUCUCGGGUACGAGAGUGUAUGUCCAACGGACUGUGGAGUGGAACACAGGUCCAGUGUCUAGCCGGUCACUGUGGCACCCCAGAGCCGAUAGUGAACGGACAGAUCAUCGGGGAGAAUUAUAACUAUCGAGGCAGCGUCGUGUAUCAGUGUAACCCCGGAUUUCGUCUUAUUGGGGUUUCUGUGCGAAUCUGUGAACAAGAUCACCGUUGGUCAGGACGCGCUCCAGUCUGCGUCCCCAUCACUUGUGGUCAUCCUGGAAAUCCCACCUUUGGUUUGACCCAAGGAACCCAGUUCAACUUGAACGAUGUCGUGCGCUUUGUCUGCAACACUGGGUACGUUCUCCAAGGAGCUAUAAAAUCAACCUGCAACGCCAACGGGCAGUGGAGCAACGCCCUCCCCAGGUGUAAAAUUGUGAACUGCACAGAGCCAGGCCAUGUUGACAACAGCAUCAGGCAGAUACUACCCAGUGGACCACAUCGCUACAGCUUCCAGACCACUGUGUCCUACCGCUGUAACCCAGGGUACUACCUGCUGGGCACCAGCUCUAUUUCCUGUCAGGGGGACGGUACCUGGGAUCGCUCUCUACCCAAGUGUCUAUUGGUGCUGUGUGAUCGCCCCAGCGUACCUCCCUAUGCCCAGAUCUCAGGCGACCGUCGGACGGUCGGCUCAGUUAUACGCUACAGCUGCAUCGGCCAGCGCACCAUCAUCGGAAACACGACCCGUAUGUGCCAGCUGGACGGCCAGUGGAGCAGCUCACCGCCACACUGCUCUGGCGAUUCUGCAGGACUGUGUGGAGAUCCAGGCGUUCCUGUGCACGGUAUCCGUCUAGGUGAAGAGUUUACAGUCAACAGUGUUGUCCGCUUCAGCUGUGAGCCUGGGUACACACUCAAGGGUUCACCAGAGAGAACGUGCCUUUCUAAUGGGACCUGGCUCGGCACCCAGCCUGAGUGUCAUGUGAUCUCCUGUGGAAACCCAGGAACCCCAAGGAAUGCCCAGAUCUUGAUCCACGACGGCCUAACGUUCUCCAGAUCCAUCACCUACACUUGCAGGGAGGGCUACUACUCUACCGGCCUGCUCACCCGACACUGCACAGUAAACGGGACCUGGACCGGGAACAUGCCUGAGUGCUCUGUAAUCAACUGUGGUGACCCUGGAGUACCAGCCAACGGGUUGAGGCUGGGCAGUGAUUUCACUUACAACCAUACAGUCAGCUUCCAGUGCUCUCCUGGGUUCACCAUGGAUGCCGACAGAGCUUCAACUCUUAUCUGCACAAAGGACCGUACCUGGAAUGGCUCUAAACCCCUCUGUAAAGCGAUCGUGUGUGGUCCACCUCCUAACAUCCCUCAAGGACAGGUUGUCGGCACAGACUUCACCUGGGGCUCUAGCAUCAGCUACUCUUGUAACCAAGGUUACCAGCUGUCCCUUCCCACUGUGUUAACAUGCCAGGGAAAUGGCAACUGGAGCGGAGAGAAACCCCAGUGCUUCCCCGUGUUCUGUGGAGACCCGGGCAUACCGGCCAAAGGAAGGAGGGAGGACCGAGGAUUCACCUAUCUCUCCUCUGUGUCCUUCUCCUGCUACCCUCCCCUCGUCCUGGUGGGCUCUGCCAGGAGGUACUGUCAGUAUGAUGGCACCUGGAGUGGCACACAACCCUCUUGCAUUGAUCCCACCCACACUACUUGUGGUGACCCUGGAACUCCUCUCUUUGGAAAUCAGAACAACAGCCAAGGCUAUCAAAUCAGCAGCACCGUGUUCUUCAGCUGCAGAAAGGGCUACUUACUUCAGGGCUCCAUUUCUCGCACCUGUCUCCCCAACCUUACUUGGAGUGGUUUUCAGCCUGAGUGCAUUGCCCACCAUUGCAGCCAACCAGAGCUGCCAGCCCAGUCUGAUGUGAGAGCCAUUGAACUGCCAUCCCUUGGCUACACGCUGAUCUAUACAUGUCAGCCUGGCUUCUACUUGGCUGGAGGAUCAGAGCAUAGGACAUGCAGGUCUGAUGGGAGCUGGACUGGAAAACCACCCCUCUGUGCAGCUGAUAACCGCCCAAGUGGUAAGAGUCCUGUGGGGACUGUGCAGGAGCCACCUUCCAAAUUACCAGUCCCAGGUGGCGUCUUUGCCAAGAACUCUCUCUGGAGGGGAUCCUACGAAUACCUGGGGAAGAAGCAGCCGGCUAUGCUGAGCAUCACUGCCUUUGAACCCUUCAGCAAUCGGGUUAACGGGACACUCAUCGACCACAGCGGCGUGGAACUCAAACUAGCUGGCACAUACAAGAGGGAGGAAGCACAGCUGCUGCUACAGGUCCACCAGAUCAGAGGCCCUGUGGAGAUCUUUGUCAACAAGUUCAAAAUAGACAACUGGGCCUUAGACGGACAUGUGUCCUACAUCUCUUCAUCCAACUCUUUUGUGUACCAGGGAUUUGUCAGAGGAAAAGGCUUUGGCCAAUUUGGUCUCCAGAGACUAGAGGGUUUAGAUCCAGGCAGAGAGAACCAAGGCUACAACUUUGCAUCCAACAGCAGUUCAGUGGCGGCAGCCAUCCUAGUGCCUUUUAUAGCAAUGAUCAUCGCAGGCUUCGCCCUGUAUCUCUACAAACAUAGAAGAAGACCCAAAGUCCCCUUCAACGGUUACGUGGGCCACGAGAACACCAACGGACGAGCUACAUUCGAGAACCCUAUGUACGACCGCAACAUCCAACCGACUGAUAUCAUGCCCAACGAGACAGAGUUCACAGUCAGCACAGUGUGCACGGCAGUAUAGCAACCGCUUCCUCCUGAGUUAGGGGAGGAGUGCGCCACAUCUUCGCCUGCCAACAAAGGACAUCCAUUGUUCCUGAAGCAGAGGGCAAGACAAAGAUUAUUUUAUUCACUGAAACACAUUCAAGAAACAUCUCCGGUGGAAUUGCGGCUCUCACCUGCAGGAGACAAGAAAAAACAAAAAAAAGAAACCAUGUGAAGACAGCGACUGUACCUAAUUCCAACUACAACAUGCUUUUGUCACUUGACAUGGUUUCUUGAUCAUUUUCCAUGUUGAAAGGAAAAUAUUUCACCUGACACUGCAGCCGGCAGGAGAGAUGCUCGAAGCAAAGCUGUGAUUUUCUCACCGCCCUCCGCCUAAACCCAAAGGGAAUUUAACGGUCAACUCUAAGUGAAGG